AUCUGCGGCGGUGUCGGCGGCUGAGACUGCCGGAUGUCGGCUGAGGAGGACGAAGGCUUCCGCAGUCACUUGAUACCGACGCUGAUGAAGGGACUGAGAGAUCGGAGGCACCACCAUUGCCGAGCAAAAAAGCACGAUAAGUGUUCAUCGGCAUGAGAUGAAACCAACUAUUGUCUGACGGCGCGGCGGUGAGGUCAUGACACCGCGGCCGCCGCCGGCCGUGACCUCCGUGACCCUGGUGACCCUGGUCGGCCUGGCGAGCCUGCUCGACCUCGGGUCAGCCCGUUGCCCGGGCCAGUGCCGCUGCGACCGCAAGAUCUCCGACUGCAGCCACGCGCGCCUCGACACCGUGCCCAUCAUCCUCAAUCCGCGCAUUCACAUCCUUCGACUUCAGGGCAACAACAUCGGUAGCAUCGAGGACACGCUCGGCUUCUACGCGCACCUGCUUGAGCUGGACCUGUCCAACAACAGCCUCGACUCGCUGCUGGAGCAGCAGUUUGUGCGACAGGGUGACCUGCAGCGACUGAACCUGAGGAAAAAUCGCGUCACUGGCCUGAUGCGCUCCACGUUCGAAGGACUUGACAGGCUCACGGAGCUGGACCUCAGCGACAACAUGCUUACCACGCUGGAGGCAGGCGUCUUCAAGUGGAUGGAGCGUCUGAAGCACCUCAACCUAGCGAGGAACAGGAUACGAAUGAUAUCCCGCGACGCUUUUGAAAACGUUUACGAGCUGCUUACUCUGGAGCUUGGGGAGAAUGACAUCAGCCACGUGCCGUCAGAUGCCUUCCGUCAUCUGGGGACGCUCCGCGUUCUGCGCAUUGGUCACAACAGUCUCCAAGAAGUGCCUUUCCAUGCUUUCUUUAUGCUCCAAUCGUUGCGCAACUUGACGCUUGCCCACAACCGUAUUUACCGGAUACACCCCGAGGCGUUCGCGGAUCUCCUCGAGCUGCGUCGUCUGGAUAUCGGCUUCAACGAGCUGGACAAGUUCCCAGCCACGUCCCUGGCUCUCCCAGGUCUGGAGGUGCUGCACGCCGGGGGAAAUCGCUUCUCCUCGCUACACGUGCAUCAUAUGGACAGUCUGCAUCGGCUGCGCGUUCUCCGAGUCUGUCACAGCCAGGAGCUGUCCUCAGUGACGGGACAUAUCUUCAGCAACAACCUCCUCCUGGAGGAGGUCCACCUGUGCGAGAACCCGCAGCUGACGUGGUUUCCCCCGGAGGUGGUAAACACGCUGCCUAACCUCAAAGUGCUUAAUCUCGGCGGCAACAGCCUGGGCACGCUGGAGAACAUGACGUCGCUGCUCCAGCGCGUCGAGGCCUUCAACGUGAGCGGCAAUCCCCUAGUGUGCAACUGUUCGGCGCAGUGGCUGUGGGACCUUCCCGCCCACCUGCCAAACACCUCAGUGCUCUCCCCGAUCCGCUGUGUGGACUCGGGCCGCCUUCUGACUGAGCUCAGCGAAGCCGACCUCGGCUGCGGCACGUGGCUCGCACCACUGCUCGUCGCCGUCGCCGCGUUCGUGCUCGUCUUCUGCGCCAUAUUUGUCGCCCUGCUGCUGCUGCGCAGGCGGCGGCGGCGCGAUCGCCAGCUCACGUGCAUCCGGGACGUGCGGAGCUACUCGAACCAGUGGGAGGACAUGCUGAGCGACGCCGACGACGUCAAGGGCAGCCGCGUGUUCGGCGAUGAGGUGAAGGCGAGCCGGAUGUUCACGCAGGUGGAUCCGGACUACGGCUCGCUGUCCAGGCUCGAGCACUUCACUUUCCAAAGUCCCGAGCACCAGAAGAAGAUUCCCGUGACGGUCGUGUGAGGCUUUGUCGGGCAUGGGAGGCGGGGCCACACUCUCAUCUUGCUUCCUCCUCCUGGACAGUGACGAAGAGUCCUGCCGGUUUUCUAUGGAGAGUUUAGACGCCUGGUGCUCGGGCAAGCGCUGUCUCGAGGCGGCGUGUCCCGCUUCGCUCCGUCCGAGCGCGCGCUUCGCCGUCUCCACGCCGCGAGGAGACCGUCCGCUUGUUCCUCUGAGCAAUAGACAUCGACUGCGCCGGUAUCGUCACGGCGGCAUGCGCUUUACAUGCAACGACCCUGGCAUAACGAACCGUGACCAGAAUAGCGGCGCCCAUUGCUGGAAUAAAUAUCU